UAAGGGUGUCGAUUCUCAAGCUGGAACAUUGGAGGAAAACAUCUACUGUAUUCUACCCACAAAACAGCCCCAAAACAAACGGAUGUGCUUCAGAAAACGAAACGGCUACUGCCCUCCAGAUCAUUUUAAUGCCAAAAUUAGUCAAAAGGGAAGUAGGAGAUUUUGGCCAUAGCAGAUUCAGCAGGGCCUUUAGUUCCCUAUGUAGUCACAAAGCCCUCUCCAGAAGAUCUAGUAGAGGUUAGGUGACAGCCCAGAGAUAUUUAUCUACCCCACAAAACCUGCAGCCAUGAGAGGUCCGCAGCCUGCAGGGGGAUGACAUGCAUGUGUCCAGGCAUUUAACAUCAUUGAGGACUUUAAGACUAGUAGGCUGCCCUCCGCCAAGCCAUGAUGGACAUUCUGUACACAGGGCCUGUCCCGGCAGACCGCGAGUCUCCGAUGACGCGGAGCGAGCCGUCCCCCAGUCGCGCCCAGCAUCCCUCGUCCACACAGAAACCCAACACCUGCUGCUUCUGCUGGUGCUGCUGCUGUAGCUGCUCAUGUCUCACUGUUAGGAGUGAAGAUGACAAGCGUGAGCGGAGGAAAGCCCAGGAGACAAGGCUGGAGCCCUUUCCAUGUGAACCUUGCCCCAAACCGACGAUAGAAGAUAUUAAACAGUGGGCGCAGUCUUUCGAUAAGCUGAUGAAGAACCCAGCAGGACGGAACAAGUUCCGUGAGUUCCUGCGGACGGAGUACAGCGAGGAGAACAUGCUCUUCUGGCUGGCCUGCGAGGACCUGAGGAAUGAGAUCAACAAGAGUGCCAUCGAGGAGAAGACUCGUUUGAUCUAUGAAGACUACAUCUCUAUCCUCUCGCCCAAAGAGGUGAGUCUGGACUCUCGUGUAAGGGAAGUGAUCAACAGGAGGUUGCAGGAUCCCACCCCUCACAUAUUUGAGGACGCACAGCUGCAGAUCUACACUCUCAUGCACAGAGACUCUUACCCACGAUUCCUCAACUCCUCUGUCUACAGAUCACUGGUGCAGGGGGGCUCACGCUCCUCAUCCGAGUCAUAGACCCCCGACUCCCUCCUCUUUCUUUCUCUCACUCUCUCCACCCAGUUUCUCCCCAUUUCUCAACAUUGCACAACCACUCGAGGAGAAAGUACUCUUUUUUUUGUUGUUGUUGUCAUGGUUGGAUUACUUUUUUUUCUUUUUUGCUUAUUCCAUGUUCCGCUUUCAUUUUAACGGGAAUUCCUCAUUUUUGGGAGGUGUUUCUCCUGAAACCGGACAGAAUGAUGCAGGAAGACAGCAGUUGUCAUUUUUUCAGAUCUUUAUUAUUAUUGUUUUUUUUUUCUUCUGUACCAUCAUUCCAAGUGUAUGUGGCAGCAGCAGCAUUAACUACUGAUUUUCACAACCAUCUUUUUUUUCUCCUUUUUUUUUUACGCAAACAUGCUACUUUUAUCUCCUGACAUCUCUAGCUGAAGAGAGUUGAGAGGGCCUCUGCAAUAACAUACACUGGAGGGGCCUGACCCCUGACCUGUCCACUGUCUCUGUGCUCUGAUUGGCUCUCUGAGGCGAGGGGUCGAGACGUGAUUGGCUGCAUCGUAAAGAGAGGAAUGACACUUUUUCAAGGUGCUACACAGAUAGGUACAACAAUAUUUACACAUUAUUUAGAAUGGAAAUCAGUUUCCAGGCCCAGAUGGAAUUUUACAGAUUUUCUGCACUGAUCCUAAGGGAAAAUCUGAGGAAGGGAUUUAAAUAUGAUAAAAUGAGAGCACUAAACUCAUACUGGUAGCUGAAAGCAUUAUCAAAUUGGCCAAAAUAAAUGAAUAAACAAAGGCAGAUGGACAUCGAAUUUUAUAAAAGACGGCAUAACUAUUCUGUUUGAUAUUUCUGCAUGUACAGAUUUCAUGUGGGCCUGUUAAUUUCAAACAACAAUAUUGGUAACACAGGAGAGAGAAGAAAAAAAAAAGAGGAGGACUGCCAAUUUUAUAUAGAUAUAUUAAAUGAAACAAACAUAAGAGAGAUGAGAGAAUGACAUGGUCUUAAUUAGACUGGUCACUCACAUUUUAAAAUGAGUAUUUUAAAUGUUAUUUAUUUUUUAUUUUGUUAAAUUGUGACCAGAUUCGUUUUUCCUGUACAUAUAUGAAAGAGAAUCUGGAACAUACGCGACAUACCGAGCAAGCUGUUAGUGGUGAGUGCUCAAUUGCGCUGUAUCUCUCUCUGGCCUCACUGUGUGUAAAUGUGACGGAGGGUGAAGAGUGUGGAACUCACAAGUCUCUCUGGCGCCCCCUGUAGGCAGUUUUGCAAGCCGUUUUUCAGUGUUCCCGCCUUUUCUUUAAGCAAAAGCAGACGAUCUUAGUCAACGUGAAAUCAAAAUUAGCUUUAUUGGUCAGUGCACGUUAUUCCACGGAAAAUACCGUAUCUUUGUAAAUGUCAAAACUUGCAUCCACCUCUAAAACUAUCUAAAAUCAUGGCAAAAUUGUUGUAGUUUAAUAACAAUUUAUGUUGUUGCAGUAAUAGCAUAUGAUACAUUUGAAUUUAACUCUUUCCUGUCAGCAAAGUUUUUUUUUUUUUUUUUUUUUUUUUUUUUUUUUGUCAGUUUAUCACACAACAUACGUUUUAAAGAGAAUGUCUCUCAAAUGACAAAAAAAAAAAAAAUGUCAGCAAUUAGCAUUAGCGAAUAAGAAAAGCAUUGCACAGGUUUUAUAGUAUUGUACAGGAAAUUUUCAAAAAGAAGCCAUGAGCUGCUGUAAAACCCAUUCAAAAGAUUUCACUGGUCCAGUGCACUUCAUUUAUUCACAUUCAAUGCUCAGUGUUCGUGCUAAAACUCAUUUUCUUUACAGAUGCCUUCAACAGACUCUGAACUUACUCCAUAUUUAGAAAUUAAUAGGAAUUUUAGAGAGCUGGCUGGACUGAUGUUAACACUGUGAGCUGCGCUACCGCUCGAAACUUAUGUAUCAUGAAAUAUUUUAUACAUUUCAUAAUGUGAAUCUGAAACCAACCAGUACUGUGCGAGUGAGUCCUCAAUAAUAAAGAAUUUGUAUUAUAGAGUUAGGCUUUUUAUAUCAGUGCUGAUCUGAAAAACAGAUUUUCUUUUUUUCCUCUAAAUGUUCUCCUUCCUUAAGCAGUUGUUUUAGUCUGAGCAAAGAAACCUUAAUAUCAGAUGUGUCAUUUCACAUUGAAAUGAGGUAAAUCAUUCACAUCCGCUUGGUACAUCCUGGAACUUUCAGGAUUUGGUCCUUUGUAAAUAUUUAUAUGUACAGUAAAUAAAUGUAUAAUGAAUUAAGGACUCUGAAAGUGGGAUUUCGAGUGUCACAUGACAAUUUAGAGGAACUUCAUGUACUGUAGUACAAAAAAAAAAAAAAAAAAAACACUUUUUUAUUUUAUUUAGUUUGUUUCAUCAGUUGUGCAUGAAUAUGUACAUUUUGGAAUAUGUGUAAAAUAGUUGUGUAUAUGGUUAUAUAUGUACAUGAACAUAUAUUUAGUAUUGCUCAUAUUGUCCGAAAUGAUGUGACCAGUCUUACUUAAGCCAGAUGUGUGUGUGUGUGUGAGUGUGUGAGUGAGUGUGAUCAAAGUGAACAUUCUUAAGAGAAUGGGAGAUAGAUGUCAAUGUCAUUGCUGCCUUUGACAGUGAACACUCAAUUACACAGGGAUACGCACAGUUACGCACCGUCCCGCUCUUUAAGACACACUCAAAGAGGGAAGCUUGCUGGUGGACCUCUCAAUGUUUCACGUGCACUUUGCAUUCACACUGAAAGCGAUUGAGAGGACACUGUACUGUACUGUAUCAGUGGAUCACAUGAACUCGGCUCAGCUGUCGCUUACAUUGCCUCAGAUUGUCAACUCACACUGAAAGCUACUUCAGUUUGCUUUCAAAAUCGCUGUCAGUGUGUACACUUUGCAACCAGUGUGAUGCAACAGAUUUAAACUUUCCUAUUAUAAUCAAAAUGAAAAUAAGGCAAGCUGGAUUUAACAUUUAAUUUAAAUUUGAAUGUUAUAAUUUUCAACUUUUUAAAAAAUGCUUUUAAACAUUUAAAUGUGUAAUUAUUUUCAAAUUUAGUAUUUAUGCUUCAAGUUAGCGAAAUACAUAAGGAUGCACUGAUAUUAAAAUUCUGGCCUGAAACAGUAAGCUGUUAAAACACUAAACACUAAAAUCUGAAUUUAUUUAAGUUAAUUUAGGCAUUACAACAUUAUAAUGUACUGUACAGUUAAUAAAAUUGGAUAUUCAUUUAUGGAUGUUCAUUAUUUGUGUGCUAAAUAUUACAUUUUAUUAUUAUUUACACUUUUUUUUUUUUUUUUUUUUUUUUACAGAUUAUUAGUAUUUUAAAAGAUCAAAUUUAAGUGAAUAUUAGAUGAAGGCGGUCUACACAAAAAUACUUAGGCUUAAAUUUACGAUUUUUUAUUUGAUUUAUUUGGAUGACACAAUGCAUAUUUGUCAGUCAUACAUAAAUGAAAUGGGUAAGAUUUCUGUACUUAAAAAAAAUAAAUUAAAAAAUUAAAAAAGUAAAAAAAAAAUUAUCAAGCUAUAGUUUAUUAAUAACUAUUUGCCCCAAUUAUUAUUAUUAUUAAAUAAUCAUAUUUACAAAAUAAAUUAAAACUGUUUAGAAUCAGAAUUAAUUUAUUCAUUGUUCAAACAAUCAAAUGUAUUCAGUUAAAGCAGAAACGUGGUUAAAAUAUGGCUAGCAACAUUCAAUUAGUUAACAUGUUGAAACAAAUUUAUUGAUAAGAACAACCUUUUACAUAAUUCUUACCUCAUGCAUUUAUGUAUGACUGACAAAUAUGCAUCACAUUAAGUUUAUAAGUUAAACAGUGAUCCAAAUUAAUGAAAACUUUAUAUGCAAUUCAAUUACAUUAAAUUCAGGCCUUAUAUUUUAUAGUGUAUAUUAUGUCAAAAUAUGUGAAAUAAGCAACACAAUUAAAUAUACAUUCUUUAAUAUUGACUGAAAACCAAUAUGGUACCAAGAUAUCAUGCAUCUCAACACAUGCUUGCAGUGCAGCCAACUUCGUUAAUUCAUAAUAGGAGUGUUUUACUCCGUUGUAUCACUCACUAGCAGUUGCCCUCAUACUCUUUCAACAGCUGCACAAAUCAGACAAACUUUCACACACUUGUAUUUGACUGGAGACAGGGACUGUGACCUAGAGCUGCUUAUGUUUACAUAAAUGUCUUUAAGGUGCCAAAAUGAAUCUAGCCUUCUAACGGUCUCAAUCUAAGGAGCUUUGUUUGGAGCAGGAGUGAAUCUGUCAGUAACCGAUGUGUCUCCGUCAUCAAAUGCUCCCACUGCUCUUCGUUACAAUAUGUUUGGAUUCAGUGUCAAGCGCUCACUUCACAUGCUACAGCCUCGAGGUUUUGCCAUGCUGUCUGUCUUCCCUCACUUUCUUACGUUCUCACCGGUCGCUCUGUGAGAUUCUCUCUUUUUGUCAUGCACGAGAUCUGCAGUGCCAUGACAUACAGCAGUAAGACCGGUCAGUGACUCUUGGACUUCUAUGGACACUUAUUUAUUGACAUUAGCGUUAUAUUUUGUAUAAAAAUAAAUCAUGUUAUGUUUUAAAGAGUAUGUUUAUGGAUUUUUGUCUUUGUUUCCCAAAGUCGGUGACCAUUACUGUGUGACCUCCCCUCAUCCUCGGGUGCCAUAGCAGGACGCCCUCUUCAGGUUGUGGUUGGGACUUGAGGUUCCUUUUUACCCAGAGUUGAUUUCAUCAAGAACUCAUCUGUUAUACUCCAUUACUUUUGACUUGGUUGCAGAUUUUUUUUUAUGUUUUUUUUAUAGAGAAGAUAUGACUAUAAAGAUAAAAAAUAAAGAUGUUUGUGUUAUUAUUCAUUUACAGCUUGCCAAGAGAUUUACUGUGACCCCCAAAAGUGCUUUUCUCACUCUACUCAACCCUAACACCUUUAAGCUCAAAGUACAAUUCAGUUUCGAUGCGAAUGCUUACACUGCAUCUGAAUUCACUGUGUAGAACUACAUCAAGUUUUUUUUUUUUUUUUCGUUUUUUUUUUUUUUUUAAGUAUGUUCUAUAUAAUAUGAAUAUGGGUAGUAAUAAAAUCACGUUGUUACUGUCACAUGACGUCUAGCACCAGUUGUGUUGUUUCACUGCCAAUCACUGACCUCUUUGGAUUGUAAAGUGUCCGUUGAGUGCACACUCUAGUAGAUGUCCAAUUAUCCGGUACUUUUCACCUACUAUUUUCGAAUACUAUGAGUUUUACUACUAUUUAUGUUUUUCACAUUCUAAAUAGUAUAGAAGCACACAUAUUCAGACACUGUAUUCUUGUAUACCUGUAUGUUCAGCUGAACUCAAAGCCUUUCAAAAUCUACUACAUUUGAUAGUUUGAAGAAAGCUUUAUUUUGCUCCAGAAGUUACUUAUGAGUGUGUAGAGUUAAUUGCAUCUCUUAAGCCCCUCAAACAAACAUUUAUCACCAUGGUGUCUACUGGUACUGCAAGUUUGUUGUUUCAAAGAUUGUGGACAAACUGUUUUAUUUCAUUUUUUUCUGUAAUCAUGCAUUAUUAUUGGAGUGAUAUGUAGUGAAAGUGAGUUGUGCCUUUAACCCCACUGUACCCUGUUAGGAUGUAAUCACCAACCCAAAAUGAAACAUUGUGUGAUAUAGAAAAUAUAGGACAGUUGGGUCCUCCACUUAAGCUGACCCCCUUCUGCACAUCUGGUUUUACUUUAAGGAAGUUGACUGGGAUGCAAGCAGCAUUUGUGGACAUUUUGUUUAUAAUUAAGAGCUCUAGAUGAUGGAAAUAUGAAUGGUCUUUCCUCACCUUGCCUUAUUAAUAAUAUCAGUAGCUAUAAAUGCCCUUUUCGGAUUGGACUACAGAGGUUUCCUAUGAUCAUUUUCAUUAUUAUUGUGUUGACUGGAUCCUUUCAACGGCAGGACUAACCGUAACCACAUACAAUAUCUAACCCAGUGUGAGAAUCCUAAAAUGCUGAGGGAUUUUCUCUGGCUUUAUCGUUCUUGUUGCCAUCUCUGAGAACAUGUAUGGAAAUAUUGUCAUAUUGCCAAGACAAACACGGGCAGCAGUCAGGCGGCUCUCGGUUUCUGCUGUGUAGGUCACCGCUGACUCGAACAAGCAACAGUGUACAGUACAAACGCUUUAUGCAUGCAUCAGCACUGUUCAAAACAUCUGUGCUGCAUAAAGUUUGUACAGUAUGUAUGAAGGAGAAAACAAAUGGCUAAAAAUGUGAGACGGAAAUACCAAUACAGAGAGACAUUUUUCCCUCCCCCUUCAAGUUCCACAAACAUUCCUGCAGUUGAACUUAAAGCUCAGUUCGCGCUGCCAUGAUAACAAGAAACUGGCAGUAGAAGGUUGCGCCGAUGAGAGCCGAGACCCGUCAUCUGGACAGAGAAGAUUUGCUCUUCUCAAUAAAACACACGAGUUACAUGAUGAAGGACACUAGCAGACCCUUAAUAGACAAAGACAUGAGAAACUUGCUCUGUAUGACAGCAUAACAUUCGGUGUACCUACUUAAAAUUGGCAUGCACUUAAAAUUCACUCCAUAUAUUUUGUACAUGCAUGUAGACGUUAUUGUGACUUCUCCAAUCAUUUAGUCCAAUUAACCCUCUGCCAAUUUAAUCAAUGUAUGUACUGUAUUUCAGUUAGGAAUUUUUUUUUUUUUAAUUAUUAUUAUUUUUUUUACUUAAACUUAAAUAUUUAAUGCUUCGGAGCGCAGACUUUUUAUUAAAGAAAUCUGAUUAUUUUUUAAAGAAACUAUGGUAUCAAGUAUUUCAAUGCUUGGGAUAACACUUUACAGUCAGAUCCUAUUAGUUAACAUUAGCUAAUGCAUAUUAACAAUGAGCAAUACAUUUGUUACAGUAUUUAUAAAUCUAUGCUAAUGCAAGUUAUUAAAAAUAAAACCAUGCAUUGUUAGUU